GGUUUCUCAACUGAGCACGCUAAACAGGGGGAUACCCCGCGCUAAAGAGCUGCCGUCUACGUGCAUCGUAGCGUGGCAAACAGGCAUCCCAUCUGUCCACCCACCUGUUCAGGUCGCCCUUGCCAGCGGCACCACGCAGUUGCUUACCAUGUUUGCGCACGCAGUAGCUACACAUACCACGGAGACCUUUUUGGUGCAAGAUCGUGCGCCCGCUUCACUUCCCACUUUACGCGUCUACACCGAAAGAGGCAAUCAGCUACCCAUCCAUCCAUAGCUACCACCAAAUUCAUCACCCCGAGUUCCUCGUGAUUAAAGCCUCAAAAUGCGAUUCAAGACCGAGCUCAAAAACAUUCGUACAUUCUCCAAGCUUACCGCCGCUCUUAACUCACUUGAAAAGAUCGCUUGGGUUCGCCUCGAUGAUGAAACAGCGCGCUUCACCGUCAUCCCAGAUACGGGGUCUCAGGUCUGGUCUUCACUGCCGAUGGACUUCAUCUUCGACAGUUAUCACAUCCAGUCUGCGGAGGAGCACAAUACCAUCAACCUAGAGCUACCCCUGCAACCGCUUCAGCGCGCCCUCCGCUCCGCACUCAACAGCACCUCGGCCUCGCUGCGUCUUACCAAGAAAGAUGGGAUCCCCGUGCUCUCUAUGACCAUCACAACGACGACCAACGCCUCCGCGGGCUCCGGGCUGCCGGGCCGCGGCAACGCCGCUUACGCUGGCCUCGAGAACGAUCCCUUCGACGACGAUGACCAGGGCUUCAUCGCGGAGCACCUGGAGACUUCCCUGCGCCGUGAGCGCGAGAAGAUUAUCACCCAGGAUAUUCCUGUGCGUGUACUGCACCCGGAGACUGUGGAGACCAUCAUGCAGCCCACGGUGCGCGAGACGGACGUGCACAUCACGAUGCCGCCCCUGCUCCAGCUAAAGGCUAUUUCCGACCGCUUCACCAAGCUCGCGCUGUCGUCCGGCAUGAACUCCCGCGUGAGUCCCAAGCUGGAGCUCAGCGCCAACAUGUUUGGAAACCUGAAGCUCCGUAUCGCUACGGAGGCCGUCGACGUCUCGAGCACAUGGUCAGGGCUGGUGAACCCUGAGCUGGACCCGACGCAGCUGGAGAUGCCGGUCGAGGAGCAUCCGAGUGUGAAGUUCAAGGAGGCAGGACCGGACAAGUGGGCAACGGUAAGGGUCGACGGUAAAGACUGGAGCCGGGUGCUGAGCGUGGGGAGAUUAGAAGGAAGGGUUGUCGCGGCUUUUGCGGACGAUCACGCCUUGAUUCUAUAUGUUUAUGUGCCCCAGUACGAUGCCGCGUCGACGGAUGAUGCCGUUCUUACCGUAGGACUGCAACCAACACCGAUGCUGGAGAAUAUGCUAACCGUCAACAGUACUAUGUGACAUCCUUUAGUGCGUGAGCUGUAUUCAAGAGUUCGGACCGUACUUAGUGGGCAUCGGAGUUUGGGCUCGGCGUUCAGAAAACACGAGGGCUGCAUAAGGAGAAAGACCAUUGUUUGCUUGAGACCUACAUGCUAGGAUAGACUUGCUAUUACGGUGGGAAAUCAAACUGCGGCAAGCAGGCAAGGAGUAGUAGUACAUGGUGUGGUAGUCGCAAUUCAUCCCGAGUAUCAUGCGAAGCUACAAUGACGUCAGAUGUUCAAAUUCGCCCGGCACCAG